AUGACCCCAUCCAGCCCUGUGAAAGUGGUGCUUUUAGACAUCGAGGGCACAGUUUGUCCAAUCUCCUUUGUCAAAGAUGUCCUGUUCCCCUACGCACUAAAUGUUCUACCGGAGACAUUGAGAAACCAAUGGGAUAGUCCAGACUUUGCAAAGUAUAGAGACGCGUUUCCAUCGGAAUAUUCCUCGUCUAAGGAUGCGCUAGAAGCACAUGCCAGAGACCUUAUGGAAAAGGAUGUAAAAAUCUCCUAUCUCAAAAGCCUCCAGGGCUACCUAUGGGCGGAGGGCUACGAUUCAGGUGACUUGAAAGCCCCCCUAUUCCCGGAUGUUGCCGCGAAGUUAUCAGAAUGGCAACGCAAGGGCCUAAAGAUAAUGAUCUAUUCGUCUGGGUCUGUGGCGGCACAGAAGCUGUUCUUCGGACAUACAGACGCCUCCCCGUCCGAUCUGACACCGCAGAUCUCAGACUGGUUUGACACCGUCAACGCCGGGCUCAAGACGGAGACUGGUAGCUACAAGAAAAUCGCCAAUCAACACCCCGAGUUUUCGUUUGGGGAAUGGCUAUUCCUAAGUGAUAACGUUAAGGAAGUGGAGGCUGCUAUCCAAGCUGGCAUGCAGAGCGUAGUUGUUCAGCGUCCUGGAAAUGCACCUUUAUCGCCCGAGGUACCACAGCGGUUACGAGUCAUAGAGACCUUUAGUUCCCUCGACGAUGAUCUCAACGUGCACACGAAGUAA